CUUUCACGCAUGCGCAAAAGCGCUGACAAAUUUCAAACUGGACGGCGGGUAGUUGAAGCCUAGACGCAAAGAAAAAACAUACAACAAAGGUUUACUGUCGAGGAUAAACUAAAAGUAUUACGAAAAUGACCAGCACAUUAAAAGGUAUCACUCUCAAAGGAAGCGCAGAGCUGGUGGCCGAGUUCUUCUCAUUUGGCAUCAACAGCAUCCUGUACCAGCGAGGCAUCUAUCCUCCAGAGACAUUCACCAGAGUUACCCACUAUGACAUGAGCCUUCAACUCACCACUGAUCCCAAGCUGAAGAACUACCUGACCAACGUGGUGUCUCAACUCAAAGAGUGGCUGUUUGAGUGCACAGUGCAGAAGCUGGUGUUGGUGAUCACAUGCCUGGAAACCAACGAGGUGCUGGAGAGAUGGCAGUUUGACAUCGAGUGUGACAAGUCGGCCAAGGAGAGCAGUGCUCCCAGAGAGAAGUCCAUUAAAACCAUUCAGGAUGAGAUCCGCUCUGUCAUCAGACAGAUAACAGCCACAGUCACUUUCCUGCCACUGCUGGAGACGCCAUGUGCGUUUGACCUCCUGGUGUACACCGACAAAGACCUGGUGGUUCCUGACAAGUGGGAAGAGUCCGGCCCGCAGAUCAUCGACCAAUCAGAGGAGGUGCGUUUGCGCUCCUUCACCACCUCCAUCCACAAGGUGAACAGUAUGGUGGCGUACAAGAGGACCGACUCAGUUUAAACCUCUAACCCAUGGCUUCCUCUCAACCCUAUGAGCUGUAUAUAGCACCGCCCACUGCCCCUAGUAGAAAACAGUAGAUUUUACACUGCCCUGUCCUACCUCACCGUCUGUCUCUGUCCAGUAUUCUGUACGCUUUCCCUCUCUGAACUUCACUGUCUUGUUUGUCUUUUGAAAAGGAUGUACAGGCAAUCUGCUCUGUCUACACUGAUGUGAAUAUUUCCCAUAAGCAGAAAUUUGUCUGUUAGGAACUGUUAUUUCCCCCUUUCAAGUUGUCAACUCUGUUUUAGAAGCUAGUUGUUUAUAUGUUAAACUUUUAUAAAAUCUCAUGAAUUAAAAAAAAAACUUUUUUGGCUCCAUCA